CAUACUUACUGGACACUUAAUAUUUGAUUAUUUUUGCAAUAAGCUUUUCAGCUAAAUUCUGUGUUUGCAUGACAAAAGGUUACAUCACGCCCGUCAGUUGACUAGUUAGGUCUGCAAAGACUGAGCAAAACGAAAGUUGGAGAAAAAGAGCAAAGUCCAAAGUACAAUGGAGAUGAAGGAGAUCGCCACAGAGGAGGAAAAAAAAGAAGAGGACAUAGAAGCAAGCGAGCCGACGAUGAAGACCAAAAUCAAAGAGGAAGUAGAACUAGAACCCUACUCAAAACUGCAAAAUCCAUCUGAGGACGUCUACUCAGAGGCUUAUUAUGGUUCCACCCCGGCUCAACCAAAACCAGACAAACAGGCAGAGGGAAAGGCAAGUCUGUACCGUGCUGGGUGUGUAUUGCUCACUAUAAUCUGCCUGAUUCUGCUGCUGAUCGUCAUUAUCCUCGGAGUGAAACUCCAAACUGGAUCCAUGAUCUGUCCGGAGGGAGGGGAACCUAAGGCAGCAGACAGUGAGAAACCAAAGGCAGCGGACAGUGAGGAACCUAAGGCAGCAGAAAGACAGAUUCCGCCGUCUGCUUCAGUCUGCAGCCUGGAGCAGUGCCACACUCUCUUCCCCAACGGACAGAUCCAAUAUCGCCAGUGUCAGCAGUGCGCCAAAGGGUGGCUGACUUUCGGCCACUCCUGUUUUUUCCUGUCUACCUCCAGGCUGAGCUGGGAUGAGAGCCAGAGGAACUGCAGCUCCAGAGGAGGAUCUCUGGCUAUUAUCAACAGCCCGGAGGUUCAGCGUUUUCUGACUCAGAAGGGGAAAAUGAAUUACUGGAUCGGGCUGAGACGGAACAGAGACACAUGGUCCUGGGUCAACAACACUGUGCUGCAAGAGAGUUAUUGGAUGGACGUCAAAUCAGAGGGGGAUUGUGGCAUUCUCCGCAGUGGAAGCCCAUCUGAGAAGAACUGGAUCCGAGCUGCCUGUGAAGCCUACACCUACUUCAUCUGUCAGCUGGACAUGUAACAGCGUCUGUUUGUUUUUUAACAGAAUAAUAAGCAAAUCAAAAUUCUGUCAACAAGCAUCAACUCUUCAAUAACUAUGAAUCACAUAUGUAUCUGUCCACUUCACAAUGCAACCAGUAGCACCAGCAAAGAAGACACCUUGCUUCUACGAUUGUAGUUUAUUAUUGUAGUUUUAUAUUAAAUGCUUCAAGAGCUCUUUAGUCAGAUUUUUGUAAAUUAUUUUCUUUUAGCGCCGUGUUUCUCAAUUUAUAUUCUAAUAUGUCCGUUAUAUCCAUCCAUCACCAAUAUAUAUACUGUGUGAUUGCUUGUACUGCUGUAUGAUUCAUCACAAAAAAGGCCAGUAAAUUUCUUUCAACAAGCUUUUAUUCUCAUAUAAAAAUGUUCAUGCAUCUA